AUGAAAAUAAUACUAGCAGAUAACAUAAAAGAAGAAAGAAUACCAUCAAUACUAGAACAAUUAAAAGAACAACCAUUACAAGAAGAAAUAGAAAUACAUAAAGAUGUUAAAGAUCCUGAUAACUUUAUAAUACCACCUAAACAAUAUAAAGCAAUAAAACCAAUGGAUGACGAUGAAGAAGAUGAAAAGAAUAGAAAAAGAUAUAGAAAAUUAGAUGACUUCUUUAAUGAUAAUUAUAAGAAAAGAGGAGAUGAUAGUUCUUCGGAUAGUGAAGACAAUAGAGAAGAUGGAAAAGGUAAAGUUAAAUAUCAAGCUAAAAGACCAUUUGAAGAGAAACUAACGUCAACGUUCUUUAAUCCACCUAGAAUUAAUAACUUACCACCUCAACAACCAAUACAAGAGAUUCUACCAUAUCAACAAAUAAUAAUUAAACCAGAACAGAAAAAGAAGUCUCCCAAGAAAAUACAAAAUAAUGAUGACGUCAACGGUAAUAAACCUGACGACGAUUCUAAAGGUAUAAAGAUUAAAUUAAACGAAUUAGAAGAAAGAGAAUUAGUAUUAAAAGAAGCUAAACCUGUACCGGACUUUAUACCUUUAGAAUCCGUCGAUAUACCAAAUGAAGUAGAAAAUGAAGAACCAAUACUAGAAGAUGAUGGACAAGAAUUAGAAUGGUAUGAUGAUCAUAUGCCAGAAGAAAUAAAAUUAGAUCCUGUACCAGAAGAUGCUAAAUAUUGGCAGAACUUUAAACAUAAUUCAGAAAAGAAGAAAAUAAAUUAUCCAAUUCAAUUACUUGAUGAUAGAACACAAGGUAAUUUAGAAAGACAAGCUAAAGAAUCAAGAAAACUCCAACGAAAAACAAGAAAACAAGAAAAGAUCAAAAAGAUGAAAGAUCCUAUAAAUAAAAUAACAGAAAUAAAUAAAUUUGUUAAUAAGAAAAUUAAGAAAUACUUAAAACGUCAUCCUCUAUUAAUAGAAGAAGAAAUUCUCGAAGAACUUAUCGAACGAUGGCAAGAAGAAGCACUCCAUGAUUACAAUUAUAGAUUACUAAUGUUAGAAUCAGAAGUUAUAAUUAUACAACAACCACCUUCUACAAAAAGAAAAGAACCAACCGAAGAAAAAGAACAGAAAGAAGAGAAACCAGAAAUAGAAAAAGAAGAAAACGAUUACCCGUUAAAUCUAAUUAUAGAAGAAGAUAGUGAAGCAGAAAUACCAAUAGAACCAGUAGAACCAUUAGAAGAUCCACAGUUCGACUUUGCCACAUCAACAAUUGGGGGCGAAGAUAAAGUUAGAACUAGAUAA